GCGAGCGUGGACGGCGUCCUGUGACCUCCAGGCACCAUGGUCGAGAGAGAGAGGAGGGGCGUUUUAUUCUCGAGGUGGAGUUUUAUGUCAAAAUUUAGUGUGUGUGACGACACUUUUGGUAUCACCAUGGAUGAAGACGUACAUUAAUACCUACCCUACGCGGAAAAUGGUGUCAGCGUUUGAAUCAGACACAAGAUUACUGAUGUAGCAUCACGAGUUCAAACUGAAGUUGAACAUCUAAGGUGAAGACAACAAGAUGAUUGAUAAUCGACAUUCACAAUGAGCUGAAAUAGGAAUGGCAGGAAGAAAACCAAAAAUAACGUUUUGAAGUUCCCAUCUGCAUGAUGGAAGGAUUACACAUUCCAUAUCCAGGAAAAUAUCAUAGUGUGAAUCCAGCAGGUACAGUGGUGGGACAGCAGACCCUUGUUCAUUCAGGUGCACCUUUUUAUGGAAAUUUUCAUAUUCAGAAAAAUACAGAGUUGGGAAACUUUCAUGCUCAGAAAAGUGCAGAAUUUAGAAACUUUCAUGCCCAGAAAAGUACACAGUCAAGUGCACAGACUGGAACUUUUCAGGCUCCAAGUAAUACAGAGUCAGGAAAUUUUGAUACCCAGAAAAAUACAGAAUUGGAAAAUUUUGCUACCCAGAAAAGUACAGAGUUGGGAACUUGCUCUGUAAAUAAAAGUACAGAGACUGAGAAUUUUCUUCCUCCGAAAACUAAGGAAUCAGUCAAAGAAAUUAUUGUUGUAAAUGAUGAGAAGCCAUACGAUUGUGAUCGGUGUAGCAAAAGCUUUGCGCAAAAAAGUCAUCUCACAAGUCACAUGCUCUGGCACAGUAAGGAGAAAAACUUUGAAUGUGUAAUAUGUGGAAAGCGCUUCACUAUGGAAAGCCAUCUUAAUGGCCAUAUGCAUGAGCACAACAGAGAGAAAAAAUUUGAAUGUCAAGUUUGUGGGAAACGAUUUGCUAUGGAAAACUACCUAAAUAGUCAUAUGCUAGUGCACAUUACUGAAAAGAAGUUUGAAUGCAAGGUUUGUGAUAAGAGGUUUUCAAUGGAAAAUCACCUUAACAGUCACAUGCUAGUACACAAUCAGGAGAAAAAGUACGAGUGUGGAAAGUGUCAUAAAAGGUACGGUCAGAAAAGUCACUUGAACAGUCACAUGCUGAAACAUAGUACAGACAAGAAAUUUGAAUGUACAUUGUGUAGCAAAAGAUUUAACAUGGAAAAUCACUUGAAUAGCCAUAUGCUUGUGCACAGUGAAGAGAAGAGAUUUGAGUGCGUAUUGUGUGGUAAACGCUUUCAUAUGGAAAAUCAUCUCAAUAGUCACAUGCUAGUUCACAGUGAAGAGAAGAAAUUUGAAUGUACUCUGUGUGAUAAACGGUUCAAUAUGGAAAGUCACUUGAAUAGCCACAUGCUUGUUCAUAACAGUGAAAAGAAAUUUGAGUGCUUGUUGUGUGGAAAGCGGUUCAGUAUGGAAAGUCAUCUCAAUAGCCAUAUGCUCGUCCAUAACGAAAAAAAAUUUGAAUGCAAUUUAUGUGGAAAACGUUUUUACAUGGAAAUCCACUUGAACAGUCAUAUGGUCAUGCAUAGUAGUGAAAAGAACUUCGAGUGUGAAGUAUGUGGUAAACAUUUUUUAAUGGAAAGCCAUCUUAAUAGCCAUAUGUUGGUGCACAGUGAGGAGAGGAAGUAUGAAUGCUUGUUAUGUGGCAAACGAUUUAAUAUGGAAAGUCACCUCAACAGCCACAUGCUAGUUCACAAUGAGAAGAAGUUUGAGUGUGUUCUGUGUGGUAAGCGUUUCAACAUGAUAAGUCACUUGAACAGCCAUAUGCUUGUACAUAGUGAGAAGAAAUUUGAAUGUGAUAUUUGUUCAAAACGUUUUAAGCAAAACAGUCAUCUUAACAGUCACAGAUUUGUACAUACCCAACAAAAAAACUACGAAUGUGAGGUGUGCAGGAAGCGAUUUGCACAGGAAAGUCAUCUGAGUAGCCAUCGUUUUGUCCAUAGUGAAGAAAAGAAAUUUGAAUGUGAAAUCUGUGGAAAACGAUUUAUGCAAGAAAUUCAUCUCAAUAGCCAUAGGUUUAUGCAUAACGAAGAAAUAAAGCUUGAAUGUCAAGAAUGGGGAAAGAGAUUCACUCAGAAAAGUCAUGUAAAUGGUCAGAUAUUUAUACACACUGAUGAAAAAAGAUUCGAGUGUGAAGAAUGUGGAAAAAGAUUUGCACAGAAGAGCCAUCUAAAUAGUCAUAGUUUUGUACACAGUGAAGAGAAAAGGUUUGCCUGUGAUGUUUGUGGGAAACGCUUCUCACAUGAAAGUUACCUUAGUAGCCACAGGUAUGUACACAGUGAAGAGAAAAAGUUUGAAUGUGAAGUUUGUCAUAAACGCUUCACACACGAAAGUCAUCUCAACAGCCACAGAUUUGUGCACAGUGAGAGGAGAACACUCGAGCAGGUAGAAUUCCCAAAACAAGUACCAAUACCAGUACCUCAGCCGGAGCAAAUACAGGCACCUGUAACUAAUAGUGUACAAGUCCAGACUGAUAAAAAGCCAUUUGAAUAUGAAGAAAAUGGAAAAUUGUUACUACAGCAAACUUAUCAACCUCCUUAUGCUUACGCUCAGUGGGAGCAUGUUCGGACAUUGUGGUCUUUGUAGCCAAAGUCCAAUUGUUAGCUGUGAAAAGUACUUAAUUGCUAAAUUGAAAAGAACUUUUUCAAUGGAAUGCAAAUAUUUAAUUAUCUUAGACUAAUUUUUAGCAGUAAGAGUAAAAUUCAAUUGAGAAUUUUUAUGGAUUUGGCUGUGGCCUCUUUUUAAGAAAUAAUUUAAAUUUGUUUGUGCUAAAUUUAUGGAUGUUUGUGGUUAUGUAUAAGAUGUAGCCAGGAAAGAAAUUUUAUUAUAAUUUAUCUGUUUAUCUUUUGUUAUUGGAUGCAAAAUAAACUAUGCAGCCCACUUGAUUGAAACUCAUCUUUAAGAAUUUUGUUGUUAGUCUAAAUCACCCAACUAGGUAAUGCAGCAAGUUUAUCCUACUAAAGUUACAAUACAAUAUAAUGUUUAUUCAAAAGAUUCCAUGGUUAUUAUGUACCAUUUUGCAUGAGGCUGAAUAAGAUGAUCCUAAAAAGGCUGUCAAUUGCUCGAUGAGGUUUGACCUGUGGUGAUUGGCCUCAUAUAUAUAUACCAUAUCAAAUAACAGCCUCUAAGGACAAUGAUAGGCAUUAACUUACCUUCAAGUGUUUUGAAAGAUAGGGGUAACUCAUGUCAAAGUGUUUCCCAAGACACUUAUGCCACAGUGACUCCCAAGGCAAAUAAGCCUGAAAUACAUUAUUUAUAGAGAAAGAUAUGUCUGUGAUUCUGUAAUCUAUAUAUGGUAGGCAGUGUUGUGUGCAAAUUAACUAUGCUAUUUAAGAAAUGAAUGGCCUUCAUGUCAGAGGAAAUUAUUCACAAUGUGUUAGGUUGAUGUUAUACUGUACAUAGUAUGCCUUGGCUUAUAAGUCAAAAUUCAGUUUUUGAUAGAAUUUUGCUAAUUGUAUUCCUUUAUCCACAUGGUUAAAGAAAAUGCAUUACACCUUUUCAUUGCAUGUUUAAUAUUUUCUUUAGGUUUCUUUCUGUAUACUUUCUUUGUUAUAAAAGAAAGUAAAAUUAUCAGUAAACUUUUGGUAUUCUGAAUAUACCCAUGCUAUUUCUUAGGAUAAAGGCAAUCAUAAUACUGUACAAUAUAUUAAGCCGCAGAAGAUCACUGAAGAAUUUGGGCAGGCAGAUCAUAUUUUGAACUUGUAAAAAAAAAAAAAAAAAAAAAAUAAAAUAAAAAUAGUAACCCUACCAUUACAAGAAUCUUCUGAGAUCUUUGAAAUAAAUAAAAGUUUCCAGCUUUUCUGCACCUCAAGUUCUGUCUACAAUGUAAUCUAAUUCCUACAU